AUGUCACCCUCGACAAGACUCGGUCAUCGUGGUCAUUAUGAAGAUGAUGAUGAAGAGUCGAGUACCAACUAUGAAGAUUUAUUUCCUUCAAUCACUUCACCCACUUCAAAAAUUAAAUCUCUCAAAUCUCUCAAAGCCAUCCACAAGGAAAUUUCUUCCAUUCUCAAUCCGAAAUUGGAACAAUGUCGAUUUGUCUGUCCUGCCACUCAAAUCAUAUCGGAGAGUCGCCAUCGAGUGGUCAUUCUAUCACUCAUUUAUCAUCGACAAAAUCGAGGAGAAUAUGCUGUAUUUAUAUUUAAUGAAAAUUUAAAAUUGAGAGAAUGUAUUCCGAUUAAGAGUUUUAAUUUUUUUGUACAAUUACAACAACCACCCUAUAAUAGUCCACAUUCUCAACACCACCACCACCACGUCAAGAGAAAUCCAUACGAUGAAGAAAUGAUCAUCAAAUUUCAAAAAUCAAACAUGUGGUUGAAAUCGGACGAGAAUGACGACGAAUACGAAGAUGAUUACACAGCUCUCAGUGAUGAUCAUGAAUUUAAAAAACAAGAAUGGAAAAGACACAAAUUUCUGGCAUCUUCCACUCGUUUGGUUCUCUAUCAAGUAUUGAAUGAAGAUGAAUUGGUUCAGGAUUUUGUUUUUUCAUUUCAAAAUGAUCAGCAACUCAUGACAUGUCUCAUGACCUUGUCAAAUAUUUGUUCUGAAAUGGAUGUGGAGAAUCAACAUUUGACAUUUGAUCAAAUAUUUGAACUUCCCUAUGAUUUGGAAUAUGCCAUAUACAAAGAUGAAAUGUAUGAUGAAACGAAAUCUAACAUUUACAGACCUCCUAAUGGUUAUCAAUUUUUCACAUCACUUUCCAACAUUAAGGAUCAAAUGAAGAGAGCUCAUACAUUCAUGAACCUGUCACAACAAUCCAUCUUGCUGAGACAACAAAUUCAAAGAAAAGCUCUUGAACAAUCGUUCGCAUCACUCUCGUCACAAAUUUCCAAUUCAAAUAAGAAACUUUCCUCGAAAAUGUCUUCAUCCAUUCUUUCGGUAGGAACUUCCCCUACAUCCUCUCUUUUGAGUUCAAGUUUACAUAAUAAGGAAGAGAAAAGAAAAUCACUCAACAACAACAACAAUUCUUCUCUCUAUAGCUCUCUCUUGCAAUCCGCUUUAAUGAAUAACAGUAAUAGUAGUAUGAAUGGCCUACAAUCGAAAUCUGGUGCUGCAAAGUCCACACCUCAACCAUUCGAAUGGGUUCUCUUUUUUAUUGAAAGAUAUGAAUUGGAUGUGAAUGAAAUUGAAUUUCUAAAUCCGCUCUAUCAAGAUAUGGAAGAUGAAGAAGAAUUGACAGAAAUUAAAAUCAUUGAGAAAAAGAAGGCAACUUUGGUGGAGGAGGAUCUUGUCACCAUUCCAUCAGUCACAACUACUUCAUCGUUCAACAACGGCAAUGGAGCAAAGAAGAAUUCCACUCUUGGAACAGGACCUGAAGAAGACGAAUACGCUUGGUUAUUGAAACGUUCGGAAAAUGACAUUGAAGAAUAUGUGAAUUCCAUUCAGGCGCAUUAUGUUCAAAAUGUCACAAAGAGUGUCACUCAAGUCUCUUCCACUCCUUCAAACAAGAAUGGUGGUAUUUCAAUGAUUGCAAAGACAGGUGUCACUCAUAAUACAUCUUCUGUCAGUACUUCUUCAAAGGUAGCUCAAAUCACCAAGAUUGUAACAAGCCACCAGCAAGCAUCUUCCUUGUCUCCACUUCAAUCGACAUCUUCCUCCAAUUCUACUGCUACGGUGACUCCAACAACAACAACCACGGCUCCCAAACUCUCUUCAGAACCAAUUCAAGUCUCAGGUUAUCAAUCAAGUUUGAUUUCCAAGUUACAAAGCAUAUCUUCACCAACAACAACAACGACAUCAAACUCACCUCCCACAUCAACGUCCAACAACUCAACACAGCCCGUCUCCAAUGUUAAAGUGAUUGCCUCCACAAAACAUGCCAAUGUGGCAGCUCAGCAACAAAAGGAGGAGGAUGACUCGGAUAUUUCCAUUAGCAUUUCUUCGUCGUCAGAAGGUGAAGAUGAUGAUGAUGAUUUGAUGCUCAGCAGUGAUGACGAUGAAUAA